AUGUCGAAUUUCGAGCCUAAUGCCGUGAUCCGCGGCUUCCAGCUCACUGUGGUAGGAACUGUUCGUGCACUGAGCAACCCAGAGCUUUUCAAAUACGAUCACUUCCGCCAAGCAGCCCUUGCUGUCGGCGUUGGCAUUAUUAUCCAAUUGAUCAUUCAGAUUCCGAUCAUAAGUGUCAAAUUCUCGAUCUACCUGUUGUCAUGGGUCGUCAAUCUUGAGGACGUUGUCUGGGAUGACAAGCUUCUCAAUGGCUUGGAUUUCAUGAACAAGUCUGUCCUUCAGGUGCCAUUCUUGCUCAUGACUCUGAUGCGAUAUGUGACACCCACGCUGGACGAAAUUUUCAUGCAGUCCAUUCAAUGGGUCGACACCACAUAUAUCCAAAAACAUAAAUCGGAGAAUCCCGAUACAUUGCGUGCUAUGUAUUAUCCCAAUCUGGUGCAGUACACCUCCAAAGGAGGCUCGAGCUCUUCUCAACCGCUCUCUCAAGCCCUCAUGGCAUUCUUCAACCGCUAUGCAAAGAAGAUCGGUAUUGGUCUUGGGCUUUACCUGCUAUCCAUGGUCAUUAUCAUCGGUCGCUUUGUUAUGCCCGCAGCAAGUUUCUACAGUUUGCGCAGCCACAUCGGCACUCAACCUGCCGCCGUGAUCUUUGCUGCCGGCUUGUUCCUUCCUAAGCAGUACAUCAUCAUGUUCCUUCACACAUACUUUGCUUCACGCAGUUUGAUGCGAGAACUUCUCGAACCAUACUUCUGCCGCAUCAAGUUUACACCCGAGCAAAAACGUCGGUGGUUCCGGGACCGAGAAGGUGUCCUGUUCGGCUUCGCUUUCGCAUUUACGGUCGUCUUGCGUAUCCCAUUCAUCGGUGUGCUGAUUUAUGGUAUUGCCGAGGCCUCCACAGCAUACCUUGUCACCAAGAUCACAGACCCGCCUCCAUCUCCUGCUGAAAAUCAGGACUUUGCCGAGAGCCAAGUCACCUGGAAGAACAAGCAUGACUUCCUGCGCUUGUCCCUUGACAACCUUGACAAGCUUAAUGUAGAACUGGAAAAGCGUCAGGAUGCCAAUGCGCCUGCAAAGAAGUUGUCUUAA